UAUCCAGAGUAUGUGGGCAAAGAAGAAGCUUUGGUAAUGCAUUCUUCUAGCAUUAUUCUGCCUUUGGUAUACAGUGCCCUGGCUACACGACAAUCAAGCACUAUUAGCCUUCUGGAUUGUCUAAUUGGCACCAGCUCUACAGGAACAAAAGGGAGCUGAUCCAGGAUUUCCAGAGUUAAAGAAAUUCAUGGUGACUGGCUUAGAAGGGCCAGUUGUGGCUCCAUUGGGUGGAAACCUUGAACUCAGCUGUCAGUUAUUCCCAUCACAAGAUGCACAGCACAUGGAGAUUCGUUGGUUCCGGCACCAUUAUACACAGCCAGUACACCUUUACAGGGAUGGUAAAGACAUAUAUGGAGAAACUAUCUUGAAGUAUGUGGAACGGACAGAACUCCUUAAAGAUGCCAUUGGAGAAGGAAGAGUGACCCUCAGGAUCUUUAAUGUGACUGUUGAUGAUGAUGGGCCAUACCACUGUGUCUUCAAAGACAGCAAUUUUUAUGAAGAGCACAUCACAGAGGUCAAGGUCACAGCUGUGGGCUUGCAGGUACAGAUUCAUGUUCAUCCUCCCAAUACCAAAGGUGUAAUAGUGGAAUGUAACUCUGGAGGUUGGUUCCCAAAGCCUCUCAUGGAAUGGAGGGACAGCAGAGGAGAGGUCAUUCCAGCUGCAACAAAAUCUCAUUCUCAGGAUGAAGGCAAACUAUUCAAUAUAAAGAUGAUUCUUCUCAUUAGAGACAGUUCCUCCCCAAAAGUCACUUGCUACCUUCAGAACCCUUUGACAGGCCAAGAGCAAAGGACCAGUGUUGCCAUAUCAGAUGCAUUUUUUUCAUGGAAUAGGAAAUGGAAAAUGAUUUUGAGUGUGAUAUUAUUUGUGAUGGUGUUCUCUGUAAUGGAUUCUAGUUGUCAGAUAUAUAUCAGAAAACAAAAUAGGUGGUGCACAUGGACUGCUCCUUGGGUCAUAGGCAUAUUGAUCCUGGUGCUUUCAGUGUUGACUGUCAUAGGAGUCCUGGUGUGGUUGCAUAUGAAACAAAGAGUUCCUAUUUCAGAUGCACAUUUUGAAUUGGAUACUUUGUGGUUGGAAGAUAUAAGUGUCAUCCUGUGUGCUCUUAUGGUAUCUGCCACCAUGCUCAUUUCCUAUGUAUACUUCAAAUUGAAAGGUGUGCUGAGGUAAAGACAGUGAAGAUCUUGUGGGAGUGGCCUGCCAAUGACUGGUCCAACUUGAGGCCCAUGACACAAGAGAGAACCCACAUAAGAUAUACUGCCUGGAGAGCCAAGAACUAGUGACUGGAUAGCCCAAAGACCUAGAUAGAACCAAAAACAACUGGCAAAAUAAAAGAAAAAGAAAAAAGUCAAUUAAAUGAUUCUUAAUGAUACUCUGCUAUAUUCGUAGCUCAUCUCCAAAACUAUCAUCUCAGUGAGGUGUCAUCCAGCAAGUGAUGGGAGCAGAUGUAGAGGCUCACUGCUAAACAAAAUGAAGACAUCAGAGAACUGCUCAGAAGAGAGGGAGGAAGGAUUCUAGAAGCCAGAGGGGUCAAGUACCUCAGAAGGACAUGGCUCACAAAAAUCAACUAAGAAGGGCUCAUAGGAGCUCACAGAGACUCCAAGUAACAGUCAUGGAGUCUGUAUGGAUGUGAGCUAAGUACUCCACAUGUAUGUUAAUUUUGUAUACCUUUUGUGGUGGUUUUGGGGACUCCUAACAUUGGGAGUGGGUUUUGUCUCUGACUCUUUUGCCUGCUCUUUGGACAAUUUUACUCCUACUGGAUUGCCUUAUCCAGCCUUGAUAUGACGGUUUGUGUCUAGUCUUAUUGCAUCUUGUUGUGAUAUAUUCCAUUGAUAUCCGGGAGGCCUGCUCUUUUCUGAAGGGAAGGAAGAGGAAUGGAUCCAGUGGAGAAGGGAGGUGGCAGGAGAACUGAUAGGAGUGGAGGAAUGGUAAACUAAAGUCAAGUUGUUAUGUAUGAGAGAAGAAAAAACAAAUGAACAAACAAAAAUAAAUAAGGGAAAUAUUCAAAUCGAGUCAAACUCUUUCCUAAGGUGCCCAUUUUACUUGCAGAUUUCUCCCUAGAGGUGCUUUUCUCUCAUUGAUUUAAACCAGGGAACUCAAGCUAAUGAAAAAAUCAAAGUUGUUACUUUUACCUUUGUAAGAUACCUGCAUUAUCUUACAGGACAUCAGUAUGUUACUGUAUGAGUUCUCAAUUAUCCUUACUUUUAGUAAGAUAUUAUUACUUUGACAAGUUACCUACAGAAGUUAAGGGACUAAAAAUAGGACCAGACUUCUCAUGCAGAACUGUGGUUACAGAGACUAGAGAAAAACAUUAGCUAAGAUCUUAGAGAAAAAUAUGGUUCUAUAAUUCUGGAAAUGCCCAGAUGGAGAAGAAACACGUGCCAUUCAAAUUUGCAUUCCACUGUUCAUUAGAUCUUGUGAAGAUCAUUUUAACUCAAAUUCAAAGGUGGAAAUAUGGUCAGAAUAAGAGUAAUAGGAAUAGUGAAAAUGAAAGCAAUAAUUCACAUGGCAAACAGAUGUAAUUGCCUAAAACUAGAAAUAAUUUAAUGUAACUAAUGAAGUUAUGUAUUUAUGUCCAAUAAAAUGUAGUAAAUAAACAAGUAGCUAAAAAAACUAUUUCCAAGCAAGAAAGAGAAAGAUAAAUUCAGCAUAUUCUCUUGAGUGUAUGAGACAAGAUCUUUGACAAGAGCAAAAUGGAAUAGAGAUCACUUAAGACAGGAAAACCUCUUUUAUUUUUAUUUUUAUAAUUGUAAUUAAUUAGACCAAUUUAAAAUUAAAAACAAGCUUGUUUUACAUAUCAAUCCCAGUUCUCUCUCACUCCCCUCCUCUCCUGCCCCCCAUCCA